CCCCCACUUCUCCUCCAAGCCAACGAACCCACUAUAGAGACAAAUCGACAUACGAAGUCGUCAAAUCCAGAUCCGCCAGAUCUAGCCCUAGAUUCGACGCUGUCCUCAAGUCUUUUCACCAAGCCUUCACCAACGACCACCACUACAAGAGACUCUGCUUCACGCGCCGAGAAGCUCCAGGAAACCACCAUCUAGAGAAACUCAACUAAAGUCGAAGGACGGCUUUAUAGAGGCGAAGUCGACACCGAAAAGAACAAAAGAAACAGAAAAAAAAGUAAAAAAGAGUCCUCUCUGGUGCCGGAAGAGCUGACCGCAGAAACAACCGUAUCAGAGAGAAGGGAAAAAGGUUUAGAGAGAAGGAAGCUUUUGGUUUGGUUUGGAUUGGUUUGGUUUGAGUUACGUAUGGCUGUAUGGGGGGUAAAAAAAAAGUGAAUGAUUUAGAAAAAAGUUUUACCAAACGGGAAGAAAACUCUUCUUUGUUUUUUUUUUUUAACAACCAAGUAAAAACACUUAAGAAAGAAAAAAAAUCCAUCUUCCUCUUCCUCGAUCUGUUUCUUUCACAAAGAUAUUUUUCUUUACUAUCUCGCAGUUUUCAUUAGGGUUUCAUUCUCUCUGCUCUGCUGUGCUCGUUAUCACCAAAACCACCGUCGUCUCUUUGUAUCUCCCGGCGGUUCCUCUCUUUACUUCCCUCCGGUUUAAAGAUGGAUCAGUCUUUUAUUUUGAUUUUCUAUUAGCAGUUAUUGUUGAAGCUAUAUCGUGAGGACUUUAUAUAUCUCAAAUGGAUGAUGGUGGGCAUCGUGAGAAUGGUCGGCAUAAAGCAGCUCAGGGCCAGUGGAUGAUGCAGCAUCAGCCAUCGAUGAAACAAGUUAUGUCAAUAAUAGCAGAACGAGAUGCAGCGAUUCAGGAGAGAAAUCUGGCGAUAUCAGAGAAAAAAGCAGCAAUAGCUGAAAGGGAUAUGGCGUUUCUUCAGCGAGACACGGCCAUUGCUGAGCGCAACAAUGCGAUAAUGGAGAGAGACAGUGCUCUUACAGCUCUCCAAUACCGUGAGAACUCCAUGGUUACUGCCGCUGGUGCCAAUAUGUCAGCAGGUCCACCUGGAUGUCAAAUGUCACGUGGUGUAAAACACAUGCACCAUCCGCACAUGCAUCAUCAUCAUCAACAACAUCACAUACCCCAGUUGACUGAUAAUGCAUAUGAAACCAGAGAGAUGGAGCCAAAUGAUGGUCUCCCGACAUCACCACCUGCUGGUUCCGCCUUGGAAUCUGCCAAACCAAAACGAGGUAAAAGAGUGAAAGAUCCAAAGGCGACAACACAAACCGCUGCUAAUAAGAGAGGGCCAAAGAAUCAGAGGAAGGUUAAGAAAGAGAGCGAGGACGACUUAACCAAGAUAAUGUUUGUGAAGACGACCCAUGACUACACAGAAGAAGAUUCAAGUAAGCAUAUCUUAAUAGGAUCGAAAUCUGAUUGGAAAAGUCAAGAAAUGGUGGGGCUGAACCAAGUGGUUUAUGACGAGACAACGAUGCCACCACCGGUAUGUUCAUGUACAGGAGUUCUCAGACAAUGCUACAAAUGGGGAAAUGGAGGUUGGCAAUCAUCGUGUUGCACAACCACACUAUCAAUGUAUCCUUUGCCAGCACUGCCCAACAAAAGGCAUGCUCGAGUUGGUGGACGGAAAAUGAGCGGAAGCGCAUUCAACAAGCUUCUAAGCCGGCUUGCUGCAGAAGGGCAUCAUGAUCUUUCAAAUCCGGUCGAUCUGAAGGAUCACUGGGCAAAGCACGGUACAAACCGCUACAUCACAAUUAAAUGAUAUGUGCAUUUAGGUGUGGGUUGUUCUUAUGACAUUAUCUGAUUUUAAGUCACGUGUACUAAAUUCAAAUAAACUCGACAGGAAAAGGAAUUGUAUGUGGAGCCGAUGUUAUGUUGUAUUAUAUAAUUUGAAAAUCAUUAGCAACAUCA